AACGCACCUCUUCGCCCAUCCCCAAUUCACUCCCACCGACGCCCUCUCCCCGCCACAGUCCGCAAUACCCAUGGGAGCUGUGUAUAGAUGAGUCAGCAACACCCUUGGGGCGCCUCGAGACAUCAUCAGAGCACCCGCCUGCCACCCAUCUCCACCGCCAUCGCCCACGAUCAAUCCAACGUCCCAUCCCCCAACGCCUCGCGCCCCCCGCACUUCUCACCUGCGUCUUCCAACUUUCCCUCCCUCCCUCCCGCUUCCAUACGGCACGUCGGCAGCCGCAAGUCGUCUGCAGCUUCUUCCUCGUCGCCUUUCUCGCCCUCGCACCCAGGACAGCAGGCCCCGCCCAGCCAGCUGCUGUCCUCCCGGGCCAGAACCAUAGCGCCGCCGUCCGCUUCGCAACUGGCUUCCUCCGCCGCAGCCUUGCCAACUGCAUCGCAGGGUGGGGGUGCUUCCUCGAGCAGCGGCGGAGGGGCCUCAAAACUGGCUCGCGACUCACCUUCACUUUCAGGCCCGAGCACCCUCGGUUCGCCCAGCGCCUCCAACUCGGUCUCGAGCGCCUCAAACCAGAGUCUCUCCAGAAUUGUCAUUGCGCAGCUGUUCUUGCUGCUCAGCCAGUUCGGCCCCCUCAAGAACGACAAGGAUAGGGCCAAGUGGGACACGCAAACCGAGCAGAUACGCAAGCUCGUUGACUCCCACGGCAUGGACGUCUUCACCAAGUACUUCCGCCGCUUAGUACAGCAAAAUGCAGCCCAGUUAUUCCCGAGCGGCGGUCGAAACGUCGAGCCCAAUGGCAGUUAUGACCUUCUUUUAGCCGAGAUGCAAAAGCUUCGUACCGAUCCCAAACAGCCCGCCAAAAUUGCCGAGUCCAUCGACAGCAAUGACGGGGAUUUGUUUCGCGACUUUGACCUCUCCACCUUCAUGACCCAUUUCCAGCUCGAUCCCAUUGCGAAGAUGGCUUUUGCCCUCGCCUGCAGAUCGGCAAGUAAAAGUGAUAUACGGGCUAAGGCGGAUGCGAUUCUGGCAAACGUGACCGAAGAUUUCCUGAAUGCGCUUAAACAGCCCUUCCCUUCCGCUCAUGAACAAGCCAGCAUCGACUACGAGAUUGCCCUCCUCGAACGCUUGCUCAUGGACCCUCCUUCCAACUGGUCCGACAUGAACAAGCAGCACCUCGUGUAUGCCCUACAGACCCGAUUCCACGGGCAGGCUCCGACGGAAUAUGAGUCUGUGCUUUUUCUUAGUGAGCUUCUGGAUGGGCCUUCAAACCAACUGGUGAAGACUGUGCUGCGUGCAGGCCCUCGUGGAACGGCGAAUCUGGAAGCCUGGAAGGACAUGCUCGCGUCAGCCGAAGUGCGCGACAUAAGCCCUCGAGAGGUUGCCAAUGCCCUCCUAUACAUGGCAAUAUUUCAAAAGGGGCAAGCAUACAAUUCACGAGCCUUUGUCGCCGCGCUUCGUGAACAUCGCACCGGCAAGAACCUGGACUUCCAAGACGUUGUGAAACAGUUCGACCGAGAGAGGCUUCGGAUCACCAAACCUCAAUUUCUGUCCCUUUAUAACGCUCUCCUCCCUGUAGCCGUGGACUCCACAUCCUUCGACAUACAAGCACUCUGGGGUGGUGUGUGGAAGAAUGAGUUGACGCAGCUUUCAUUCCUCAUUUGCUUCUUGUCCACGACGCCCGAGGAGCUGGACGUUUCGCAGAUACCUCGCUUACGCCCGUCAUUCACCAUGAAGAUCUUCGAAGACGCACCGGAUGAUGUCAAGACCGUUGCUGAGACGGCGGUAAAACAUCCCUUCAUAUCUCUUGACGCAACGUCGGCUCUCUUCGGCAUGAUUUUCCAGACAGAGGACUCAUAUCACGUCGCACACCUGCUUGGGAUACCGGGUACGAUCAUCAAUCCACAUACAGCCGAGUUCUUGGUCUCCGCAGUUGCCGUCCCGAAGCCCUGGGGAAUACUUCAAGAACAAGCCCUUAAGCAGGUGUUCGAACCGUAUUUCACACGAAAGCUAGCCCACUAUAACUUCGUGCUCUAUGGUCUUUGGCAACAGGACCCGCGGUGGCUGGUUGAGCAGUUCAUUGAGCACUACAACAGGGAUCCGAGGCAGCUUGCUUUAGUCUUUGAAUACGCUCGAUCCUUUGGCUGGCUGGAGACGCUCAUUCGCAGCAUUAACGAUCUCAGUCUCGAUCUCGCAGCACAGGCACACGCUGUCGGUUUGUUUGAUAUCGAGCCAUGGCUUCGCGAGACGUUUGAACGGAGUGGAACGUGGUUCCGCCGGGUCCUCACCAACUUCCUCCACACGCGCGCCUCAGAUGAAAUGCAAAGUUUGCGGGACGAUCAUCCGGCCUUGAGCCUACCGCUAGCGGUAAAGACUGUGCACCCUCUGCUGUGGUUCCUCGCAGAUUGUGGCCUUCCGGACACCGAGCUAGUGGCCCUUCAGCGAACGUGUAUCCAGGCCUAUCCAAGGUUGAUCAACUAUGGCGAGGGCGUGGAUGACAUCAUUGAUAAGAAUGGCGAAGCUGGCAACAGGCUCCCGGACGAGGCCGAUAAGAAGAUGCAAGAGCAUUUCAAAAACAUGUACAGCGGGGAGAGCGAUGUGCGCGACAUCAUCAACAUUCUCAGGAAGUACAAAGAAUCUCGCGACCCUGCUGAGCAAGACUUGUUCGCCUGUAUGAUUCAUGGCUUGUUCGACGAGUACAACUGCUUCGGAGAGUACCCACUGGAGGCCCUGGCAACGACAGCAGUGCUUUUCGGGGGCAUCAUCAACUUCAAUCUGCUGUCGCGCAUCGCACUUCAGGUGGGGUUGGCCAUGGUGCUUGAGGCGGUGCAGGAGUAUAGGCCGGAGGAUUCCAUGUAUAAAUUCGGCCUCCAGGCCCUCUUGCACUUUGCCAAUCGUCUUCCCGAAUGGCCGAAUUAUUGCGACCAACUUCUCAUUGUACCGGGCCUCCAAGGGACUGAAAUAUACGCAAAGGCCGAGGAAGUGGUGAAGCAAGUUGGCGAGCUGAACGGGGAGCCUCAGAACGGAUUGAGUCUUACUAAUGGCAACACUGUAGGCGAUGCUGUCCAACAAGCCGAGCCAACUGUUCCGAGGUUCUCCUGUCUCCAUGUGGACCCUCCGCUGCACCCUGAUAUCUACGAGGAACCGGAGGAAGAGAUCAAGGACAGGGUUCUAUUCGUCCUAAACAACCUGUCGGAGCAAAACUUGCAUGAGAAGUUCAAAGAACUUGCCGACGCCAUUGAGGCCAAACACCAUCAAUGGUUCGCAAGCUAUCUUGUUGAAGAACGAGCAAAGGUUCAACCCAAUUAUCAGGAUUUAUAUCUCCAUAUGUUGGACCUCUUCGACGACAAAGACCUCUGGGCGGAAGUGCUUCGCGAGACCUAUGUCUCCGUUUUCCGACUACUCAAUGGAGAUGGACAGUUGAACACUCCCGACAAAUCCAAUCUCAAGAAUCUCGGCGAUUGGCUGGGCUCACUCACCCUUGAGCGAGACAAACCCAUCCUGUUCCGUAAUAUCUCCUUCAAAGAUCUCCUCAUUGAGGGCUACAAUACCGAUCGCCUUGUCAUCGUUAUUCUCUUCACCUGCAGGGUUCUGGCCAAAGCGAAGAAUUCGACAGUCUUCAAAUAUCCAAACCCCUGGCUGGUGGAGAUCCUUCGCGUGCUGGCAGAGCUUUACGCAGAUCCAGAUCUCAAACUCCAACAGAAAUUCGCUAUCGAGAUCCUGGCACAAGCGCUCGGCCUCCAAAUCUCGUCAAUUGAGCCGUCAGACGCUAUCCGAACAAGGCCACUCGUGGAAGAAGAAUAUAUGGGCCCUCUCCCACCUGAUGGCAUUGAACCGUUCAGUGACCUGGCUAUCAUGAGCUUGAAUCGAGCUCGAGGUUCGAGCGAGCGUUUCUCUGCAGCUGCAAUCGCCGACACCAUCCCAGAUUUCUCUAAUCAGCUCAUCUACCCGCCUACCGGAAACAGCAAUGUCCCCGCUGCAACUCUGAAGAAGAUUUUCCUUACGGCGGUACAGCAAGCUAUCCAAGAGAUCAUCGCCCCGGUCGUGGAACGCUCCGUUACCAUUGCGGCCAUCUCCACCUCACAGCUCAUCACGAAAGACUUUGCCAUGGAACCUGAUGAGGAGAAGCUGCGGAGUGCGGCGCAUACCGUGGUCAAGUCGCUUUCGGGUGCUCUUGCUCUGGUAACCUGCAAGGAACCGUUGCGCAUGAGCAUCAUGAACAACAUCCGCGUUAUGGCUCGUGACCCCAAUUUGCCUGAGCAGGCACUUCCUGAAGGCCACCUUCUGAUGUUUGUCAACGACAACCUGGAUCUGGUUUGCAGCAUCGUGGAGCAGGCAGCGGAGCAAGCUUCGUUGACCGAGAUUGACCUACAGAUUGACGACAGGGUGCGGCUUCGCAGACUUUGGCGCACCCAGCGGACCAACGAACCGUUCAAGGAUGGUAUCAUCAGCCAGUGGGCCUUUUUCAUCCCAGAGCCUUACAGACAGACCGCUGGAGGCUUAAAUAGAGAGCAACUGGCUAUAUACGAAGAGUUUGGGCGGCAGCCUCGCGGUGCGCCCCAUGCCAAUAACGCUCCUCAGGAGAGCGGGCGACAGGUCCCAGAUGUACUGCAAGACCAGUUUGCGCCAGUACCGAAUCUGCCCAAUAUCUCCACUCCAGCAGCAGCGUCAGUUGAAACCCGACAGAACGUACCCCAAGGCCGCUUGCCAAACAUGCAAGUGUCUCAAGCUCCUGGUCAACAACUCAAUGGAUUCGCGGAACCUCUGGUGCCCGAACGCCCGCAACGCAAUAUCGAACAGAUACUCUCCGAUAUGGUGCACAUGAUCCACGAGGCGCCCGAGGAACGGAUGAGCAGCUUGAACGAAGGGAGCUCGAUACAGCAAACAUUCAUUGAGCUUGUGACCGCUGUCAAAUACUCUCCGGAGGUGGACGCAAUCUCUCUGAGGUUGGCAUUACAAGUUAUUCAGUACAUCUUCUCCGAACAGCUCCGCCGUCUGGAAGUCGAAGUCCUGACGCGCUUGUUGAUGAACUUGUGCACGAUGUCAACGCAGACUUCAAGACAGGUGCUGAUAUGGCUUGGUACCAUGCAAGACGAUGACCGAUUCUUCAACCCUGUCGUCAUGGUUAGUCUCCUGGAGAUUGGGCUCAUGGACAUUCACCGUCUCAACACAACGAUUGCAAAGGCCAUCAUGCAGCGUCGUGUCGCUGCCGUUGAGCUGCUGUCAGCGUUGAUGGAUGAGGUUCUGUUCAACGACAAUCCAAGCGCGUUGCGCGCUGACUUCGCGUUGUCUAUUGACGCACUCACGAAUUGGCUCGCUGAAGACACCGACUUCGACUCUGGCAAGCAGCUGAUGUCCAAGCUGCAGGCGUUGUCAGCCGAGCAACCCCUAACCCCUCCCUCCACUGAGGAUAAUGACCAGCUUGAAUAUGUGUUCAGCGAGUGGGUCCAUCUAGCGCUACCCGAUACGCCUAGGAAGUUGCUUGUGGCUUUCAUUCACCAGUUACAUAAGAACCAUGUUCUCGAGACAAGGGAGAAGUCGAUCACCUUCUUGCGAGUGUGUCUCGACGUCUCCGUAGCUUCAUACGAGCAGGUCACUUUGUACGGCGCAGGAUACCCCGACACCGCUACUAUCCACGUCGACGCCCUCGCCAAGCUCAUCGUAUUUCUCGUCGGCUAUCAUGGUGAGCAGGAAGGAGCUGGGAGGGAGAGCAAGGUCCGAUACUUCGAUGGCAUCCUGGUCCUGAUCGUCUUUGUCCUCAACCACCACCAGAAGACUCGUGGCGAGAGGUUCAGCCCCAAGGCGUACUUCCGACUCCUUUCCACCAUUCUCCACGAGCUGCACGAGGCGACGAAGCAAGGUCCCAUGGCCGCAAUCAAAGCAGAGCUGUUCCUUGCCAUGGCUAAAGCAUUCCUAAUUUUACAGCCUCAGGCCUUCCCGCUAUUCACCUAUCAAUGGCUCACACUCAUUUCCCAUCGCAUCUUCAUUCCCGUGAUGCUGGAUGAUGGCCCCCAUGAGAGCGGUUCGAUGGUACAGCGAUGGGACAUGUACGCGCGGCUCAUCGAAGUACUUCUUGAAUACACUGGACGCCUGAUCCGGCCAGGUGAGGAGACUCUUGUUGCUACGAAUUUCUACCGUGGCGUACUUCGCGUACUGCUUGUCAUCCACCAUGACUUCCCCGAGUUUCUGGCCGAUUACCAUUUCCGCUUCUGCAACAGCAUACCGAUGCGCAGCACACAGGUGCGCAACCUCAUCGUCAGUGCCUAUCCUUCAGCUGUCCACGACAUGCCCGACCCGUUUACGGCCGGUCUGAAGACGGAUCGCCUGGAGGAUGUUCGCGCUCUUCCCGUCAUCAGGGCAGAUGUUGAUCGUAUGCUGACGGAGGCCGGUAUGAAACAACAUGUGGACGACGUAUUACGAGCGUCUGAGCCGUCGAAUGAGGACGUUGAGAGAAUCUGCAAUGCGACCUACUAUGCAGAGCCCAAACCAGCGGGCCUUGAACAAUUCCCCACAACGGCCGAUCCCAAGCUGAUCCACGCACUUGUUCUCUACAUUUGCAACGCAGACCUGGCUAGCCAAAGCUCCAAGACACCCAGCUUCGAGUCUAACUCUUCGUCGGCGAAGCUGUUCGAGAGGUUGGCGAAACAAUUCCGCCCCGAGGCCCAGUUCCAUCUUGUCAGCGCCAUUGCCAACCAGCUCCGCUGGCCCAAUGCCCACACGCACUACUUCAGCCAUGUGCUUCUCCAUCUAUUUGGACCACCAAAGAACGAGGCACAAGCGUUAGGUAUACAGGAAGUCAUCGUACGAGUGCUGUUGGAACGCCUCUUGGUUCAUCGCCCUCACCCUUGGGGCCUCAUCGUGACUCUGCUUGAGAUAUUGAAGAACCGCCAAUACGGAUUCUGGGACCUGCCCUUUGUCAAAGCGGCACCGGAGGUCGAGCGAUUGAUGAGUGCACUGUUCGCCGAUGCUCGUGCCAUGGCUCAACAGAGCCCUCGGCCGAUGGCCUAGAUCAUCGAGCGUUAUCCUACCACUAUUCUGAGAUGCCCGAGGGAGAAGCACCAGGGCGCACGACAUGUCACACACCACGUUUUUGUUUGCUCA